UUCUCUGCUGUUUAGUGCGUCGAGCGGCUGAGGGAAGUGUUGUUCGCGCGUCUUGUCAGAGGACCAAGCAGCAGUAGCAGCGCGCGCUUCAUCCUCCAGAACCUGCAGGCAUCCCAGGGAGCACUGCGCCGUGAAUGCCUCCCACACCAGAAGGAGGAUACUUCUUUAAUAUUAUUUUUGACUGAUUGAGACAUACAUCUUUUUCAUUUCCCUAAUGGUAACUAUCACUGGGCAGCCGGAGACAUGUGGAAUAAUCUGGGGAAACUGCACCGCUUCUCACUAGUGUGUCUUCUCCUGACGCUGUGCACUGAGGUGUCUCACUCCACUGGUUACUUCGAGCUGCAGUUGAUUUCGGUGGAAAACCCCACAGGUCAGCUCCUUAACGGGGACUGCUGCGACGCGGAGCCGAGCGCGGCGGACGGCCACUGCGACGCGGACGAGUGCGACACGUACUUCAAAGUGUGUUUAAAGGAAUACCAAACGGAGGUCGCGACCAAAGGAACGUGCACGUACGGCUCGGAAACUACUAAGGUUAUCGGUGGGAAUACUUUUCAGUUCAAGGGGGGGCAGAAAACCGGACAGAACCGGAACCAUGACACCGGGAAGAUCCUAAUUCCCUUCCAGUUCGCGUGGCCGCGAGCGUACACUGUGAUAUUGGAGGCGUGGGACAGGGACAAUGGCACACACAGCAAUGAUGAGGAGCUUCUGAUUGAGCGCAGCAUCCACAAAGGGAUGAUAAACCCCGGCGAAGAGAAGCAGGUGGUAGAGUAUAAGAGCUCCUUCACCAGCCUCGAGUACACCAUCCGGGUCCGCUGCGAUGAAAACUACUACGGCGUCAAGUGCAACAAAGUCUGCCGUCCCCGUGACGACUACUUCGGGCAUUACGUGUGCGACCAGCUGGGGAACAGAGGCUGCAUGGAGGGCUGGACAGGGCCUGAUUGCAAUACAGCCAUCUGCAAACAGGGAUGCAGCCUCGAACACGGGACAUGCAGCGUGCCGGGAGAAUGCAAGUGUAACUACGGCUGGCAGGGUCCGCUGUGUGACGAAUGCCUGCCGUACCCCGGCUGUGUGCACGGGACCUGCAACGAGCCCUGGCAGUGCACCUGCGAGAAGAACUGGGGGGGUCUGCUCUGUGACAAAGAUCUGAACUACUGUGGGACCAACCGGCCCUGUAAGAACGGAGGGACGUGUAUGAACACAGAGCCCGAUGAGUAUAACUGCGCCUGUCCCGACGGCUACUCUGGCAAAAACUGCGAGAUUGCGGAGCAUGCCUGUGUUUCCAACCCCUGUGCUAACGGAGGGACGUGCCAUGAAGUCCCAUCAGGCUUUGAGUGUCACUGUCCAGCAGGAUGGUCCGGGCCCACCUGUGCUAAAGACACGGACGAAUGUGCCUCCAGCCCCUGUGCUCAGGGCGGGACCUGCGUGGACAUGGAGAACGGCUUCGAAUGCCUCUGUCCUCAACAGUGGACGGGCAAGACCUGCCAGAUAGACGUUAAUGAGUGUGCGGGGAAGCCUUGCCUCAAUGCUAACUCUUGCAAAAACUUGAUUGGUGGAUAUCACUGUACCUGCUUUCCUGGAUGGGUUGGCAAGAACUGUGAAAUCAAUGUGAACAGCUGCCAUGGUCAGUGUCAGAAUGGAGGGACCUGCAAGAAGGUGGCCCGAGGCUACCAGUGUGUUUGCCAGACGGGGUUUGAGGGUCGGCACUGUGAGGUUCAGAGGAGCCGCUGUACCAGCAGUCCCUGUAGGAACGGAGGGCGCUGCCAGGCCCUGAUCGACGGCUUCAUGUGUGAAUGCCCGCAGGGCUUCGCUGGUGCAACCUGUGAGGUGCAGAAUGACCCCUGCAGCCCGAACCCCUGUCACAAUAAGGCUCAGUGCCACAGUCUGGUGGGAGAUUUCUACUGCAGCUGCCCCGACGAUUACGAGGGCAAAACCUGCUCAGAGCGUAAGGACCACUGCAAGACCAACCACUGUCAAGUGAUUGACAGUUGCACAGUUGCUGUGGCAACAAAUGACACCCAAAAGCGGGUGUGGCAUAUCUCCUCCAAUGUGUGCGGUCCCCACGGACGCUGCAUCAGCCUGCCUGCCGGGAACUUCAGCUGCUCCUGUGAGCCGGGCUUCACAGGCACCUACUGCCACGAGAACAUUAACGACUGUGCGUCCUCACCCUGUAAGAACAGAGGCACUUGCAUCGAUGGGAUCAACUCCUUCCAGUGUGUUUGCCCAAACGGCUGGGAGGGUAAUCUAUGUGAUGUUGAUGUGAAUGAGUGCAACAGGAACCCCUGUCAGAACGGAGGCCAAUGUGUGGAUCUGCUCAACGACUUCUACUGCAACUGUGUGGACAACUGGAAGGGAAAGACCUGCCACUCCCGUGAGAGCCAGUGCGACUCCACCACCUGCAGUAAUGGAGGGACGUGUUACGACCACGGAGACUCUUUCCUGUGUAGCUGUCCCUCAGGCUGGGGUGGCAGCACCUGCAAUACAGCCAAGAACAGCACAUGUGACUCCCGUCCAUGUGAGAACGGAGGGACAUGUGUCGGAGGAGGAGGAGACGCCUUCACCUGCAUCUGCAAGGACGGCUGGGAGGGAGCCACCUGUGCACAGAAUGUCAACGACUGCAAUCCGCAUCUAUGCUACAACGGCGGCCUCUGCGUGGACGGUGUGAACUGGUUUCGCUGCGAGUGCGCCCCGGGAUUCGCCGGACCGGACUGCCGCAUCAACAUCGAUGAGUGUCAGUCGUCUCCUUGUGCCGAAGGUUCAACCUGCAUGGAUGAAAUCAACGGAUACCGCUGUGUCUGUCCUCCAGGAUACGCUGGACCUCGCUGUCAGAAGUUCAUCGGACUCGGGAAGUCGUGUCGUCAUGCCGGUCUGCAGUUUCCCCACGGCAGCCGCUGGGAUGAGGAGUGUAACGCUUGCCAGUGUGUCAACGGAAACGUGCACUGCUCCAAGGUGCGAUGUGGCCGUCGGCCCUGCCUCCUCCCGAAGGCUCCUCCUCCUCCUCCUGCGGACUCAACCCCCCCGCCCUGCCCCGGCAGUCACGAGUGUGUGGAGCAUCAGUUCCUCACCUGCUUCUCGCCGCCCUGCCACCAGUGGGGUGUGUGUUCUACACCCGACCCCCCGACACCCCUACACACAGAGUGCGAGCCCAACAGCGGUUACCUUGACAACAGCUGCGCUCGCAUCACCCUCAUCUUCAAGAAGGACAAAGUGCCGCAGGGCACCACUGUAGAGAACAUCUGCUCGGAGCUGAGGUACCUCCCGGUCACUCAGACGCUGGCGGAGAAGCGGGCGCUGCUCAUCCUCUGUGACCUGUCUUACUCCAACAGCGACGCCGUGGAGGUCGCAAUGUCCUUUGAGCAGGACGGCCGGUCCAGUGACGCUGAUCGUGGACAGAUCCAGAAGGCAGCCAGCUCCAUCAUCAGCGCCCUCUCCAAACGCCACAACAGCACCGUCAUGAUGGCAGUGGUUGAGGUCAAGGUGGAGAUGCCGGUGGAGCCUCCGCCUGUUGGUUAUCUGGGUCCCGGUGCUGUGCGUGGUCUUCAGCCUCCUCUGGAUCUUCUGCAUCGUUGUUUGCGUUUGGUGGACGCGCAAGAGGAAGAAAGAGCGCGAGAGAGCGUCCCGAUCCGAGGACGCGACGGUCAACAACCGGCUGGAGCCGCCGCGGAGCAGCGCCCCCAAGGACAACCGCGACAAAGACAUUCAGUACGAAUGCAAGAAACUGAUGGGCCCGUGCGACGGGGCCGAGGGCGAGGAGGAAGGGGAGCAGGAGGGGGAGCAGGAGGAAGACGAGGAGCUGGGCAUGGGGGAGAAGUGUCCGGCUCUAAAAUGCCCCACAGCGGGGGCGCAGGACAAGGGGCUGAUGGGUAAGGGAGGGGUCGUCUGCACGUCUCGCAGCGCUCCGGUCAAGGCGCCGCACCGGACAGUGUACAGCCCCAAAGACAACCGCUGUAAAAACCUGAACGCAGCACAGCUCAGCGAGGACAUUAAAGACCACUAUGUAUGAACACCAGGAAACACUGCAAUGUCUUCAGAGACUUUUAAACUCUUAAAAGCACCAAAAGUGAAGAUUACAGAUGUUUAAUUUUCUAUUUUUGUUUGUCACACCUUAUUUAACUCCUUUGUCUGCCGCACGGAGGCUUAUUUUACCAAAAAACAAACCAAAAAAAUACAGAAAAACCAUCAAAAAAAGACUCACAGCUUCUUCUGGAUUGUGUCACCACUGUGUUGGAAUCAAGGAGAAUUUUAUUUUCACAGCUCCUGAUUUUGUUUGUUUGUUGAAAAACUGUUUUCCACUCAUCAGAAGUGACGCUUCCCUUUUUCUUUGGUUUAAACCUCUGAGAUUUAACAGACCAUCGGCUGGCAGCUGUUAACAUUGUUUUAAUGUUUGGUGCUUUCGGCUCCUGUCUGCCUUAGCCCACACCUGCGGGCCUUUUCUACACUGUCUUCAUAUCAUUGUCUUUUUAUAAAACAAAACUAAGAAAAAAAAGAUUUUAUAUACUUUUAAGUCCUUGAAAGUUGGCACAGAGAAUCCACUGUAUCAUACCUGGCAUGAGCAUUUCUUUGUUUACAUUCAUAAACAUCUUUUCCAUUUCCUGUUAAGACUUCUUACGUAUAUCCUUUUUAAUAAUGAUGUCAUUGGCUUCUGCCGGUCUCCAUGAUUUGCUUUGGUAGAAAAGUGCCUUCAGCCCUAUUUGUUUUCUUCUUUUCUCCCCUCCUAUAGAUGUUAUGCAGAAUUUAAAUACAUAUAAAGGGAAAGAUGUCCUAGUUACAACUCUCUAACGCAGUCAAAGUUAUUUCUUUGCGAUGUACAUAUGUAAAUAUGAAGAAAUGGCUGUGUAUAUUUGAAUUCAGUAACUUAAGUGAUGCUUUGUAUCAUAGUUAUUCUAACUUUUUUUUUUUUCCGUGGUUGUUUUUUUAAUGAUGUCAUUCCGUUUCUGAGUGUCUGUUGACUCUACGAAAGGUUUUAUACAGAUUUUCGGACCGUGUCCAGGGUCCCGUUGAAUCAAGAGCAUCAGUCUGAAAAGAAAACAGAUCAUGAUUGUUUGUCUCUGUGUUAUGGUUAUUUGUUACAGCUGUUGAGAACACAAAUACAGAGUUUGUUAAGCGUGUCACUAUCAAUGUGAGAGGUUGUCAGGAUCUGAGUGGGGUUCACUAAAGAGCUGAUAAAGCUCGGUGUCAGUCAACUUUUGGAAACUCCUUUCAAUUCAUUAGAAACUUGUUUUAACCCCUUAAAUCAGAAUUCCCCUUAAACUGCAGGAUCCACUUUUCUAUUUCUUCAUCAUCCUUACAACUACAAAUGUCUUAUGGGCCACCCUUCAUGCAAUAAUCCACCUCUUUAAACCAUUUCAUUCUUAUUAAACCGUCAGAAAGUAAUAUAAAUGUCACUAAUUUCAACGUUUUUUCAAAUGGUCAAAAAAUGAUGCUUUAGCUGCUACCACUGAGAUUUCUUUGGAAAAUACUGUUGAUCUUUUCCACAUUUCAAGCUAUGUUCACAUUCUAUGACUGUGUGUAAAUAAUUAUUAACACACUGUUAGCAUCUGGUUCAAAGCAACAGCCAGACCCAGCUGCAGCCAACAGGCCACAUUUCACGUUCUCUUUUAACUAUUUUUAUUUUAAAAUGAAGAACGCUAACGGCCUUUCCAAAAGGGUAGAAUAUCAAUCAUUUCUUUGGCUUUGAAAUUAUGCUUAAUUGCAGAAAUUGAACUGGUUUGUUUCUGCACUUUUUUGUCCAAAUCUACGAUGUAAAGAGACUAGCUUUGUCCAAAAUGACUCCCUCCUUUAAUUAUUUGACACCAACUGUUCCAUAGUGAUAUAUUGAACACAUUUCAAACACGUUUUUUGAUUUUGUGUGAAGCGGUUCUUUUUUUCAAGAGACACAUUUAACACCCAUUUAAAGCUUAGAGCGCUGCUUCAAGUCGCAUAUUUCAUUUCAUGUUUCCAUUUUAGGACUCCAAAUGGCACGAGAACACUAAAGUAGCCCUGUGCAGGAGAUUCAGGUCUUAAACCGGCGCUGAUGCAUCUGAUUUCUGUUUUCAAUCCACUCUUACGGGUCACAGGGUCCACACAACGUAAAAGCACUGCUGCCAGUCUCUCUCUUCUUAAGCCUGCUCGUACUUCAGUUAUAAAUUCACUAUUUUACAGUCUGUUGACAGUGGAGAUGCCACGCAGGGCAGCGGGGUGUUUAGUGAGUAUGAAAACCCUUGUUGUGCCGCGCCCCCCCCCCCCCUACUUAAGUGCCCUAUUGCACGACACUGAACCCCCAUCACUGACAAAUCAGAAGGUGUGAGGUUUUGAAUGGACUCGCAGUGGAUGAGUGUGAAUCCUUAAUGUUACUCCCUGUUAAGCCCCGCCUCUCCUUCUGUUUGUAUUAUGGUUUAAUGAAGGGAACAAGUUGUGUUGUUGUUGAUGUUGACUGUUGUGCUUGUCGUCCUAUGUUUGUAAAGAAUCUGUUUCUGCACUAAGAACACACAGGAGAAGAGAAACUUAAAAAUUAAAAUAAGUCAAAUGUUGUCACUAUAUUAUGUUUUAUGAUUUUGUUACAAAUCUGAUGCAAAUCACGUAAAACCCAAAUUCAUUUUCUGUUGGUAAAACUUCUGAAUGGGCAGAACAUUGUAAUUAUUUUGUACAAAAUUUGGUAAAAGUCUUGGUUUGUUAGUGGAAUUUUUUUUUGUUUGUUCUUAGAACAACCCUAUUAUUUAUUAAAGUAUUUUAUACCAAGUUCA